CACAGUUGAAGAAACCCCUGUAGAAGAAGCACCUGGGGAAAUUAGAGAAAUGCCCGAAGAGGUGCGUGUGGUUGAAACCAUCUCCGAAGACGGUAAACCAAAGAAGAAGAAGAUACGCACUCGUGUGAUUAAAAGUCAAGGGUGGCAAACAAGAGGUCACGAAGAUCGAAACCGUUGAAGAAGAUGAUAAACAACCAGAAACCACAGUCACAGUUGAAGAAACACCUGUAGAAGAAGCACCUGAGGAAGUUAGAGAAAUGCCCGAGGAGGUGCGUGUAGUUGAAACCAUCUCUGAAGACGGAAAACCCAAGAAGAGGAAGAUACGCACUCGUAUUAUCAAGAAGGUCAGGGGUGAUAAAAAAGAAGUCACAAAGAUCGAAAUCGUUGAGGAAGAUGAUAAACAACCAGAAACCACAGUCACAGUUGAAGAAACUCCUGUUGAAGAAGUACCUGAGGAAUUAGAGAAAUGCCCGAAGAGGUGCGUGUGGUUGAAUCCAUCUCCGAAGACGGUAAACCAAAGGAGAAGAAGAUACGCACUCGUGUGAUUAAGAAGGUCAAG